GUCGCCCCUUCCGCCUUCCGAUUCCCCCCAUCUCUCCGUCGCACAGACAGUCGCCCGCGAUCCGUCGCCGUCAAUUUCGAGCUUGUCGCAGACGAGAAUCAGUUUGUCGAGCGAUAGGGCUCUCAGUACCAGAAGGACUAAGAGGGUGGCCAGAGAAGCCGCGGCGUUUGCUCGCUCCCUCCCCCCGCUCCGCAUCGUCUCGCCCCGCAUCUUUCCGCUCCGCAUUGUUCCGCUCCGCAUCUUUCCGCUCAGUGAUUUGCGCCUCUCCUCUACGACCCUAUCAUUUAGAGACUUCACACGUCGCACUUUUCGGCAUGUAAUCUGUAGGCCGCACGCAAUAGUUAUUAGGCGUCAGGCGUUGCUCGUUGUAUAUCGUGAAUUUACACGCCGCCUUUGCCGUAUUUCCGUGAAGAGUAACGGCCCCCGAUUCUUUCGCAGGUUAGCGCCACUCUCUCGCUAUAGCCUCUCUCGCUACAGGCCCGCUCGUUAUAGAGUCGCAACUCUGGAUACGAAUGGCGGCGCUCAGGGUAUUUUCGGAAUGCGGCGUGUGCCGAACGUGGUUGAUAGUGUGGACGGAGCAGAUGGGGAGACCAAACAUCUCCCGCUUGGCUUACCGAGUGAAGUCUCUCCGCCUGCGCGCAGCAGCGUGCAGCUGAGCGGAGUCUCUCCGCCUGCAGGUAACAGUUUGCUCCCUGCUCCUGCCACGCUCGGAAGCACAAUCUCCCUGCCUGCACAGAGGGUGCUGACGAGUCGGGUCUCCCCUCCUGCUCUAAGUGGGGUCUCUCCUCCCGUGCUGAGUGCAGUGUCUCCUCCUCAGACCGGAGUCUCCCCCUCUGCACACAGCGUGCUUCUGAGCGGAGUCUCCCCGCCUGCGACUAGCGUGCUGCUGAACGCAAUCUCUUCUCCCGCAGGGAGUUUGCCUGCAAGGGGCGUUACUCCGGAUUCAAGCAGUGUGCUUUUGAGCGGGGUAUCUCCCCCUGUGCAGCCGAGUGGGGUCUCUCCUCCCGUGCACGGCGUGCAGCCGACCGGGGUCUCUCUGCCCGAUAUGCCUGUCACUGAAACCUCCCAUCCUGCACACAGCUGGCUCUUCGUGGAUGGCACCUCUCCUCCAGCGGUUACCAUGGACGCGGUCACCUCUCCUGUCACGGCCCGCAUUGGACCUGCAUUGGCAGCAGGCAUGUCCCCCCUCCCCCGCAUUGGACCUGCUGCCAUAUCCGUUCCUCGGCCUUUCCCCCCUCCUCCGCUGCCCUCGCCGCCAAGCCGAUUCGCGGCUGCUGCGCCCACUGCCUUCAUGCCUCCUCCCCUGCCUCCUGCUGCUAUGCCGCCCCCUGCUGCCCCAGUGGAUACCACUAUGGAUGAAUCCAAUGUGGCAAACAAUGCUCGCACCCCUGCUGCAGUGUCUCUUGCUCCGGCUGCUUCCGCUGCUGUUCCUACUGCUCCUGCUCCUGCUCCUGCUCCUGCUCCUGCUCCUGCUCCUGCUCCUGCUCCUGCUGCGCCUGCCACUCCUAUUGAGUCAGCCACUCUUGCUUCUGGGCCUUGCUCCUUCCCCCAGCACCAGCAACAGCAGGCGCCUCUAGCAGAGCAACGGGUAGAUGCGGCAGAGGGGGAGUCAGCGGACCAAACAGCAGAGCACCCAGAAGAGGAGGCAGCAGAGGCGGCAACAGAGGAGGCUGCGGGGGGGCAGCAGAACAGGAAGCAGAGGAGGAAGCAGAAGAGGCAACAGAGGGACCAGCAUACGAAGCAGCGCAGAAGCUGGCACAGCAGCCAGCACAGCAAAGCCCAGCACCUAGCGAGACCUCCUCCCUACUCCCCAUCCCUCAUGGCCCCUCCGUCACUCCACGUGUCACUGAGGGCCCCUCCAUCAGUCCACGUGUCCCUGAGGGCCCCUCCAUCAGUCCACGUGUCACUGAGGGCCCCUCCAUCAGCCCACGUUCAAGAACAGCAGCAGCAGCAGCAGCAGGACGAGCGUGCACGACUAAUGCUGCAACCACUGCACCAGCAGCAGCCACCGCAACACCAUCCACCUCAACAGACACGACAGCAACCAGUCCAAACGCCAGGGCAGCAGCAGCAGCAGCAGCAGCCUGUGGCAAUGGCAGAGGUGAUGCGCGAGCUGCAGGCAGUAGCAGGGCUGCUGAGCGGAGUGGGCGAGUGGGACGCCAUGCCCCAGCCGCGCUCCCGCGCCGCACAUGCGGUGCAAGAUAACUGGAAUAUGCAAAGAGGUACAGUAAAUACAGUAAGCAGAGGGGGUGCAGUAGAUAGAGCUAUCUUGGACCAAGUGCAGCAGCAUCAACAUAGGCAUGGUGCUGAUGCUGCUAGUGCUGCUGAAGGUGUGGUUAUGGAUGGUGGUUGCGAUGUGGACGAUGGGGGUGUCGCAAGGGGUGCUUGUGAUGUGAAUCGUGCUGACAUGAGAGGGGUCAGGGUGCAUGGUCAAGAGGGCUUGGCCGGUGAACCUACCACAGGAGGCAGUGGAGGAAAUAAUGUGGUUACCACACGUAGCAAUGGCGGUGGUCCGGUACCAGAUGACCCAAAUAGGGAUUAUAACACUAACUAGAGGUUCACCGUUGGGGGUGCAGA